AUGUUUCCUUCUGCUUUUUUUCUUCUUCAUUCCUUGUUUCCUUCUGCCUCUCUUUCCUUCUUCAUUCCUUGUUUCCUUCUGCCUCUCUUUCCUUCUUCAUUUUUGUUUCCUUUCUGCCUCUUUUCCUUCUUCAUUCUUUGUUUCCUUUCUCUCUUUCCUUUUUCAUUCCUUGUUUCCUUCUGCCUCUCUUUCCUUUUCAUUCCUUUUUGUUUCCUUCUUUCCUUUUCAUUCCUUGAUUCCUUCUGCCUCUCUUUCCUUCUCCAUUCUUUGUUUCCUUUCUUUCUUUUUCCUUCUUCAUUCCUUGUUUCCUUCUGCCUCUCUUUCCUUCUUCAUUCCUUGUUUCCUUCUGCCUCUCUUUCCUUCUUCAUUCCUUGUUUCCUUCUGCCUCUCUUUCCUUCUUCAUUCUUUGUUUCCUUUCUCUCUUUCCUUCUUCAUUCCUUGUUUCCUUCUGCCUCUCUUUCCUUCUUUCUUCUUGUUUCCUUCUGCCUCUCUUUCCUUCUUCAUUCCUUGUUUCCUUUUCUCUUUCCUUCUUCAUUCCUUGUUUCCUUCUGCCUCUCUUUCCUUCUUCAUUCCUUGAUUCCUUCUCCUUCUUUCCUUCUUCAUUCCUUGUUUCCUUCUGCCUCACUUUACUUCUUCUUUCCAUGUUUCCUUCUGCUUCUUUUUUCUUCUUCAUUCCUUGUUUCCUUCUGCCUCUCUUUCCUUCUUCAUUCUUUGUUUCCUUCUGACUCUCUUUACUUCUUCUUUCCAUGUUUCCUUCUUUUCUUUUUUCUUCUUCAUUCCUUGUUUCCUUCUUUCCUUCUUUUUCCUUCUUCAUUCUUUUUUCCUUCUGCCUCUCUUUACUUCUUCUUUCCAUGUUUCCUUCUGCCUCUUUUCCUUCUUCAUUCCUUGUUUUCUUCUGCCUCUCUUUCCUUCUUCAUUCUUUUUUUUCCUUUCUCUCUUUCCUUCUUCAUUCUUGUUUCCUUCUGCCUCUCUUUCCUUCUUCUUUCCUUGUUUCCUUCUGCCUCUCUUUUUCUUCAUUCUUUGUUUCCUUUCUCUCUUUCCUUUUCAUUCCUUGUUUCCUUCUGCCUCUCUUUCUUUUUCAUUCCUUGUUACCUUCUGCCUCUCUUUCCUUUUCAUUCCUUGAUUCCUUCUGCCUCUCUUUCCUUCUUCAUUCUUUGUUUCCUUUCUCUCUUUCCUUGUUUCCUUCUGCUUCUCUUUCCUUCUUCAUUCCUUGUUACCUUCUGCCUCUCUUUCCUUCUUCAUUCCUUGUUUCCUUCUGCCUCUCUUUCAUUCUUCAUUCUUUGUUUCCUUUCUCUCUUUAAUUUUUCAUUCCUUGUUUCCUUCUGCCUCUCUUUCCUUUUCAUUCCUUGUUACCUUCUGCCUCUCUUUCCUUUUCAUUCCUUGUUUCCUUCUGCCUCUCUUUCCUUCUUCAUUCCUUGUUUCCUUCUGCUUCUCUUUACUUCUUCUUUCCAUGUUUCCUUCUGCUUCUUUUUUCUUCUUCAUUCCUUGUUUCCAUCUGCCUCUCUUUCCUUCUUCAUUCCUUGUUUCCUUCUGCCUCUUUUCCUUCUUCUUGCCAUGUUUUCUUUCUGCUUCUUUUUUCUUCUUCAUUCCUUGUUUCCUACUGCUUCUCUUUCCUUCUUCAUUCCUUGUUUCCUUCUGCCUCUCUUUCCUUCUUCAUUCUUUGUUUCCUUCUGCCUCUCUUUACUUCUUCUUACCAUGUUUCCUUCUGCUUCUUUUUUCUUCUUCAUUCCUUGUUUCCUUCUGCCUCUCUUUCCUUCUUCAUUCCUUGUUUCCUUCUGCCUCUCUUUACUUCUUCAUUCCUUGUUUCCUUCUGCCUCUCUUUCCUUCUUCAUUCUUUGUUUCCUUUCUCUCUUUCUUUUUUCAUUCCUUGUUUCCUUCUGCCUCUCUUUCCUUUUCAUUCCUUGUUACCUUCUGCCUCUCUUUCCUUUUCAUUCCUUGAUUCCUUCUGCCUCUCUUUCCUUCUUCAUUCUUUGUUUCCUUUCUCUCUUUCCUUCUUCAUUCCUUGUUUCCUUCUGCCUCUCUUUCCUUCUUCAUUCCUUGUUUCCUUCUGCCUCUCUUUCCUUCUUCAUUCCUUGUUUCCUUCUGCCUCUCUUUCCUUCUUCAUUCUUUUUUUCCUUUCUCUCUUUCCUUUUUCAUUCCUUGUUUCCUUCUGCCUCUCUUUCCUUUUCAUUCCUUGUUACCUUCUGCCUCUCUUUCCUUUUCAUUCCUUGA